AUGAGUUCAACCAAAGAGCCGCUACACAUGUUCUCCUUAGGCGUAACGGAGCGCUCAUGGGACGAUGAUGAUGGAAAUGCGCAGCAUCAGCAGCGUCAACAACCGAUGCCGCUUAAGAUAGGAUCUGAGCAGGGUGGUGGCGUUUACAACAGUAACGUUGCACAGCUUCAGGCCCAUGGGCGGUCCGACUUUGGCGCCACGGGUGAAAUUCUGGGGUCGUCAUCCUACCCGUCCAAUACGCCACCACCAGGGACGGGUUCCAAUGCAAUGGGGUGGGUGCGUUACACUGCGAUGGACUUUGAGCUUCUACUCCACGAGGGAAAACAACCUACGGAUGAUAUGCGCCGUUCGCAGGUCUACGCUAAGUGGUACCAGACGAAAAGGUUAACUGAUGAUCGCGUUCUCCCGCCCCUGACAAAUCCUCGCUAUGACGCGAAGGGCGAUGCGGAGGCCCCGUGGGAUCCUGUGGUCCCCAUGCGUAUUCAAGGCCAGCAAAGCGUCGCCGGAGGCGGCGGCUCAGAGUUGGUAGGAAAAGGGGGUAUUCGUAUGGAGCUAGAUACCAAAAACCUUCAGCAGGCACAUGAGCAGCAAACGUUCAACCCGUACGCGAUGUGCUUUCAACAGCAAGACGACAAUAUAAUGAGUCCAGGAACGCAGUUCUUUGGCGCCUAUGCACCGACGCCGCUAGCAACGAUGGCAACACCAAAUACACUGCGUGCCUACGCUCACUCUCGUAUGGGCACACAGGUUCGCAACAAUAACAACGUUAACCGCGGGGAAAUUACACAAAUCAUGGCACCUGUGGCGGGGCAAACGCUUUACAACUCGGACUGGAAUGCGACUGGCGACUUCACAGCAGCUCAAGGCAUGGUGCCGAAUGUCUGUCAGCAAUAUUACACUCAAGAACAAAUGAACACCUUUGAUUAUUAUGCCGACCCGACGGUAGUUAAUUACUACAAUACGGCAACCACCAAUGUGACUGACCACACGCAGAUGCAGCCAGCCAUAAUGGCCAUCGCCCCUACGGGGGAUAUGGGUGCAUUACGUGGUCCUGCUGGUAGCGCUGGUCCAAUGGCUGGUCCGAGUGGAGGCGCUACUCGAGGUGGUAGACGUAGCGGUGGUAGGGGACGUGGAGGUAACAGCGGCAAAUGGGGUUCAGGCGCGGCGAGAGGUCGUGGCACAGCCCCUCGUGAGUCGACGCAGCCGUGCUCCGAGUUGUUGGAACAUUUCCGCACUGACGCGGCGAGUGGUGGAGUAAGCCAGUGGCGCAUUGCUCAUAUUCUUAACCACGCCGUGGAGUUUGCGCAAGAUCAAGAGGGUAGUCGCUUUAUUCAGCGUGCAGUGGAGAGCGCCACUCAUGAUGAGGUGGACGCUCUCUUCCGCGAGAUUUUCGAGUCUCCCCUCGAACUGGUAGUUGACGUCUUCGGUAAUUAUGUACUGCAGAAGCUUCUUGAGGUGGGAAAUGCGCGCCAACUUGCCUACGCUGCCACGCGCUUACAGAACAAUGUUGUCAAUCUCACCCUUCAAACAUAUGGGUGCCGUGUGAUCCAAAAGUGCAUUGAGGUGAUGCCCCCCGAAGGCCUCGAUAUUAUUCUCUCUGAACUUAGGGGCAAUGUAGCGAAAUGCAUUCAGGACCAGAACGGAAACCACGUGGUGCAGAAAUGCGUGGAGGUUAUUCCGCAACGUUGCGGCUUUAUUGUCUCGGCGUUCUCUGGACGGGUGAUGGAGUUGGCCACCCAUGCGUACGGUUGCCGCGUUAUUCAGUGCAUUAUGGAUCAUUGCCCCGACCAGGAGGAAGCCAUUUUUUCGGAGUUGCUUGAUUGCGUAGGUACUUUGGCCACAGACCAAUACGGUAACUAUGUCAUUCAACAUGUGCUGCAGCACAUGAAAGAUGAUGAAAAGGUGGGACGCAUCUUCGACGCCUUGAAGGGGAACUUCUACGAAUCCAGCAAGCAGAAAUUUGCAUCUAAUGUAAUGGAGAAACUAUUUGUGCGUGCUGACCCUCAGCAGCGUAUGGAACUUGUCAACAUGAUGUGCUCACCUAUAGGAGAUGACAGUGGUGAACCUGUUGAGGUGUUGUCCUUUAAGCGUUCGUCCGCUCCCAAAAAGGAAAAUGUUGAGAAGCAGCGCAACGAGUACGCCAAAAAGGGCCGUCGCGACAGAGAACGCGAUCGCGAGAAGGAGAACUCUCUUGGACUUGUGGUUGAAGUGCAGUUGGCGGGAAGAGAGCCUCCCAGCAUGCUUUGCCUUAUGAUGCAGAAUCCUUUCGCUAAUUACGUUGCCCAACGCGUACUUGACGCCGCUCACGUUGAUCAGUACGUUUGCCUCAUCGAUAAUAUUCAAAAGUUCCUGUUGCCCAUCAGCACCUACACAUAUGGUGCCCCAAUCGUGCAGCGUUUGGUCCGACGCGAGUUAGUAAAGGCUCCCGACGACGUUUCGCUAAAUCUCGCAGUGAGUGCUGUUUCUGCAGGGGGAAGGGGCAGUUAUGGGCACCACCGCAGGGAAGCGCGCGAGCACUUCGAUGCCGAGUGA